ACAUUCUCAAAGGGCAGGUGAAACCUUAAGCCUCUGAGAAGCAUCACAUCUCAUUUCUUUGUUGCUCAUCCAGUUGUUCAGAGAAGCACCAGUUGGUAAAAAUGGCAACAAGAACAUUUGAGAAUGGUGUUGAGGAGAAGAAGGGGCCAACCUUCUGCACAUUUUUAUCUCCUGGAAUCAGCAACGAGAUUUUGAAAUUCCCACAAAAUUUCCAGAAGCAUAUAUUGAAUGACCUCUCAGAGCUGGCUCUUUUGAAGAUAAAAGAUUCCUCACAUUGUUCAUGGAACAUUAGAGUACAUCAAACUGGAAGCUGUAUUUAUCUGAAGGAAGGAUGGAGAGAGUUUUUAGAAGAUCACUCAAUUGGUGACGGUGAGUUUUUGAUAGUCAGAUAUGAUGGACGUAUGCAAUUCAGUAUACAGAUAUUUGACAAGAACCAUGUUGAGAGGGUCGACUUUCCUGAUACUGAAACACAUGAUAAAAAUCGGACUUUUGCUAACAAUUCAGAGCUCAAUGGAGGGGAAGAAGAUUACCAACACUAUAGAGCUAGGGAAAAUGCUAAGCAGUUCAAAUCCAAGUUCCCAGCAGUGGCAAUCACUAUCGGAAACAGUAUUUAUUAUGCGGGAUUUCCCACAGAAUGGUGUAGGAAGUAUUUACCAGCAAACAACUACAAAUUUUUGCUGAGAAAUGCAGAAGAUUUAGAGGGAAGAACAUGGGAAGUGAAUGGUGUUCCUACCAAUGAUAGGGUCAUGUUAUCUGCAGGGUGGGCUGCUUUUCUAAGGGGUAACCAAGUCAAGAAAGGAGAUGUUUGCUGGCUUGAGCUCGAGAGUAAAAGCAAGAUGGUGGCUCACAUAAUUCGGAAGUGAUCAUGUUCAAGCUGUUAGCAGUAUGAAGUCAUUUGAAUUGUGAGCGUUAAGUAUCUACUUUCAUUGGCGAGAUUAUUAUGCAUUGUGUUACUUCUUAUUAUGGUAUUAUGGAUUGCAUUUGGGUAUUAUGGCUGUAUGCCUAGCCUGCAUUGUAUUUAUUAUGAAGAAGUUGGGGAUGCAUUAUGUAAUUCAUAUUUUGAAGUUUAGAAUCUGAUUACCAUAA